AUGGCUUCCUCUGAUGGUAGAGUUGCGUACUCUUCACUUUCUAAGUUAGAAAAGGGGAAACCCCAGUUGGGUUAUGAUGAUAUUGAUAUGAAUCGCGGUGGCGAGUCUACAUGGUCUGAGCCUGAACCUGAGUCUGGCAACUCUAGUGGACCAUUGGCUGCAACGUACGCAAACAAAGAGAUAUCUUAUGAUUCAUAUAAGUUUUCUUAUGAGGAUGAUGAAUUGUUUGAUGGAGGUUAUGAGUCAAAUGACGAGGCUCUUCGUUGUGUUAAUCGGUCUAAUGUGACUCCUGAUGUGAAUUUGAAGAACGUGCUUUCUGGGAUUUUUUCUAUUUUGACUGGACGGAACAAGGCUAUAAGUGUUGAUGAAAAUUUGCAAUUACCGAGUUCGAAUGUUUCGUUUCUUGGCUCUGGAAAUGAUGGAGAUGUUGUUCUUGAUUCUUCUGUGUACACGCCGAGUGCGCCACCGCUUUUUCUGCCAAAUGGGGCUGAAUAUAGUUCCUACAAGGAGGUGCUUGAAGCUGAACCACCUGAGUGGCUACCUGAUAGUUCUACUACUGUUUGUAUGCAGUGUAAUGCUGUGUUUACUGCGCUUACACGGGGAAGACAUCAUUGCCGGUUUUGUGGAGGGAUUUUCUGUCGGAUAUGUACGAAGGGGCGGUGUUUAUUGCCUGUUAGGUUCAGGGAGAGGAAUCCUCAGAGGGUUUGUGAUUCCUGCUAUGAUAGGCUUGAUCCUUUACAAGGCGUUCUUAUCAACACCAUAAGCAAUGCUGUGCAGUCAGCUAAGCAUGAUGUCAUGGAUUGGACUAGUGCUAGAGGGUGGCUUAAUCUCCCUAUUGGUUUAUCUAUGGAGCAUGAGAUAUAUAAAGCAUCUAAUACAUUGAGGAACUACUGUCAGGUGGCCAAAUCCAAUCCUGAGAAGUCCAUCCCUUUAUCUGUUCUCAAAAGUGCCCAAGGUCUUGCAAUUUUGACGGUUAUCAAAGCUGGUGCACUGGUCUCUUACAAAUUGGGUACUGGUUUGGUUGUUGCCCGAAGACAUGACGGAUCAUGGUCUGCACCAUCAGCUAUAUUCUCCUUGGGUUUAGGAUGGGGUGCUCAGAUUGGCGGUGAACUUAUGGAUUUUAUAGUUGUUCUUCAUGAUACGAAAGCUGUGAAGACGUUCUGCAGUCGCAUGCAUUUUUCUCUUGGGGCUGGUUGCAGUGUUGCAGCAGGGCCUAUUGGGAGAGUGGCCGAGGCAGAUCUUCGUGCUGGCGACAGGGGCUCUGGCAUGUGUUACACUUACAGUUGCAGUAAAGGUGCAUUUGUAGGAGUGUCAUUGGAAGGGAACAUAGUUGCAACCCGGAUGGACGCCAAUCUACGGUUUUAUGGUGAUCCUUAUCUCACCACAUCUGAUAUUCUACUAGGUCUGGUGGACAGACCAAAGGCUGCUCAGCCAUUAUACACCAGUCUUCAAGAUUUAUAUUCAAGUUUACGUUACUAG